AUGGGAGCGGAGCAGAGCUUGGAGGACAGGGCGCAGGACUUAGAGCGCAAAAACUCCCAGCUAUCGGGUGAGAAGGAUGAACUGGAGAAGCAGCUGAAGAAGACCACUAGGAUGUCUCAGGUGUUCUCAAAUCAGGUCUCCACACUGGGGUACAGAGUGCAGGAGUUAGGGCGUAAAAAUACGGAGUUAUCUGGUGAGAAAGGUAAACUAGAGAAGCAAUUGGAGGAGACGACGAAUGCGUCUCAGGUAUUGUCAAGCCAGGUCUCCACACUGGAGUACAGGGUGCGGGAGUUGGGGCGUAAAAAUACGGAGUUAUUUGAUGAGAAGGAAGUAGCAGAGAAGCAAAUUAAGGCAAAGGUGGAGGAAUUGAAGGUGCUGGGGGCCCAGAAAGCGGAGAUGGAUGAGAAGGCAACAUCUUUGGAGUUGGAGCUCCAGGCAGCUAUGGCUAAGAAAGGGGAAUUGGAGGCCAAUGUCAUGGUGAAGAAGAGGGAAUAUGAGUUGCUGAAGGGGGAAAAUGAUAAUCUUUGAUCGGAGGUUUUGAUUGCAAAGCAGAAACUUAGCGUGUCAGAAGUAGAGGUUAAGAGGCUCAAGAUGCAAUUGGGUGAAUUGGUGGAGGCAAAGGAGGCAGCUACGAAGACAUUUGAUGUUGAGAAGGCAAAAAUCAUGAUGGAAUUAGAGUAUCUUAAGAGGAAGGUGGAGGAAAUCCAGGCCAGCAAGGAAGUGGCUAAGGAAGCAAGGUGCGAGAAGGAUGCUCAGGCCGAUAAACUGAGGGAUGAGUUGGAGGAGCUCCGUGUUUCUAUGUCGCAGCUACAAGCAUCCUAUGAAGAACUUGAUAUCAAUCGUUCACACCUAAAUGAUGAGAAGAAUUUAGUUCAGAAUGCACUAGAUACUGGAAAGGCUAUAGCAUGCAAGCUAAAGUCAAAAGUUGAGGCACUUGAGAACUACAAUGCAGAAAAGGAUAGUGAGAUUGCGAACCUGAAUGCAGCAUUGGAGGAAAAGAAGGGAAAGAUUGAUGUCCUUAGCAAGGAAAUUGAGCUGUUGCAUCUCACAAUGGCUAAGGUGCAAAGGAAGAAAAAGGGUGGCACUUGGGCUAUCUUGUCCUCAGUAAGGAAAUGCUAA